AGUCAUCCGCCAUCCCGCAUCCCGCAUCCCCCCAAUCUCCAUCCCGUUGCACUCGCUGAUUUCUGCCGAGCACAAUACGUAAUAGCCUCUAUUGUCACCUGGUGUUCUGCCCCUCCACGCUGGCCUCCGCUACCCCAACCCCUCAGCGAGCGUGCUCUAAAAUUCGCCCGCUGCUGCUUCUCUUUGUUCUUCCCCUCCUCUUCCUCCUUCUCUCCGUCAAACUGGCUUCUCUACGCGCUCCCCACCGUCUCUUGUCCCUGGGAAACCAUCUGAGACGUAGCUUUCAGCUUCCCAUACCUGCUUCACUCGCCAUUCAACGCCGCUCUGCUGUAACAGCAACAACUCCCACCACUAUGGCUGCCCCCGACUACAAGAACCCGCCGCGCAAGCUGCCCGUCUACAUCGACACGCCGGAGACCAUUGCUAGCAAGACCGAAGAGUUCAUCUCUGGACACAAGGCUGUGCUGGACAAGAUUGUCGCCGAGGUGACCGAGGAGACUGCCACCUUUGCCAAUGUCAUGACGCCCAUUCUUGCAUUUGAGAAUGAAGCUGCCAAGUACAAGUAUGCCAUUGACCUCUACCAGUAUGUGUCUGCCGAUGCUGCUCUGCGUGAGGCUUCAACCAAGUCUACUGCCGCUGUUGGUGACUACUCAGUGGACAGUAUGAUGCGUGAAGACAUCUUCAAGCUUGUGGAUGCUGCCUACAGAACUCGCGAGGCACAGAACCUUGAUGCUGAAGAUCUUCAGGCCUUGGAAACCGAACGCGCCAAUCUGGUAAACCAGGGACUUUUGCUCAAGGGCGCUGAGCGCGAGCGCUUCAUGGAGGUUUCUAAGAGAUUGAACCAGCUUACCGUCGAUGCCAACCAGUUCUUCAACAGCGAGACUGGUAUUUUCUGGGUUGCUCCCGAGCGCCUUGCCGGCGUCUCCAAGGAUGACAUCGAUCCUAACACUUUGGAAAAGGGUACUGGUGAAAAUGAGGGCAAGGUAGGCCUCAACUUCAAGUAUACCCACCUCAACCCCAUUCUUAAGAAUGCCCAUGACGAAGAGCUCCGUAGAGAUUACUUCAUGGCCGAAAAUAGCAAGCUUAACGUUGCUGCUCCCACCGUCAGUGAACUCUUUCUUUUGCGCGACGAGUCUGGUAGACUUCUCGGCUACAAGAACCACGCCGACUCCAGGCUGUCUGUAAAGAUGGCCAAAAACUCGGAGACGGUCUGGGCAUUCCUCAACGACCUUCGCACAAGAAUCGCCGUGGGAAUCGAAAAGGAGAUUGAAAUCCUGGCGAAGAUCAAGAAGGAAGACUGCGAAGCUCGCGGUAUUCCCUAUACCGACUUUUACGCUUGGGAUACACAGUACUACUCGCGCAUCCUCCUUGAGAAGGAAUACAGCAUCGACGAGACGGCAAUCUCGGAAUACUUUCCCAUCUUGCCCACCUUUAACGGCAUCCUUGGUGUCUACGAGGAGCUGUUCGGCAUGAAGUUUAUCAAACUUGAGGAGGAAGAUCAGGCUAGGCUGAGCCCUACAGGCAAGGCUGAAGACGUCGUCUGGAACGAGGAGGUUUUCAUGUACAGUGUUUGGGAUUCUGAGGCCUCUGGUGGCGCGUUCCUUGGCUACUUCUAUCUCGACCUACACCCCAGACCCAAUAAGUACGGCCACUACGCCAGCUUCAACCUCGAGAGUGGCUCGAACGCUCCCGAUGGCUCGCGCAACAUUCCCUGCACCGCGUUGGUCUGCAACUUCUCUCGACCAAGUGCCGGCAAGCCGGCCCUGCUCAAGCAUGCCGAGCUUGUGACCUUCUUCCACGAACUCGGUCACGGUAUUCACGACCUUGUCUCCAAGACCAAGAAUGCUCGCACCCACGGCACCGAAACUGUCAGAGACUUUGUCGAAGCCCCUUCGCAAAUGCUUGAGAACUGGUGCUGGGAUGCUACUGUUCUUGAGAGACUCUCUGGCCACUGGGAGACUGGAGAGAAAAUUCCCAAGGGUCUGGUUGAGAAGCUUAUCGGUACCCGUCACGUCAACUCUGCCAUCUACAAUUCGCGACAGAGCCUCAUCGGUGUCUUUGAUAUGGCAGUACACGCCCCUAAGAGCAGCGAAGAGCUCAAGUCAAUGAACUUUACCAGAAAAUGGAACGAGCUACGCGCGGAGAUUAGUCGAAUCAAGGGUCCCGAGGAUACUGGCUUCGGCAUGGACUGGGGUGGCAGAUGGACCUCUGUUAACCACUACUACGGCGGCUACGAUGCGGGAUACUACGGCUACAUGUGGUCGCUUGUCUUCUCAGCAGACAUGUUUGCCUCCAACUUUGCUGGCAACCCUAUGAACCCGGCCGAGGGCCGCAGAUACCGUCAAAUGAUUCUUGAAAAGGGCGGUAGUCUUGACGAGAUGAGCAUCCUGGAGGCUUAUCUCGGACGCAAGCCUAACAACGAAGCUUUCUACAAGUCAGUCGGCUUGGCCUAAAAAAAGAGUUUAUAACAAAGGGGGCGGCGUAUUGGCGAAGUGGUAGACCGCAUGCAUGCAAAACAUAUAUAUCCAUAUAGAUGCAAUAAUCACUUUUAUUGUCAUACCUAG